CACUCCUCAGCACUAUCCUGGGUUGCACCGUCUUCAAAGAUGCUGCAGAUGAUUCAUUGUGGUUUACAUAUUGCGGCUGUCUUCAUUUCCAGUUCCCCUGUAUAGGGUAGGACUGCUCUCCGACCUCCCCCCGACCGACACUUGACCUCUCCGCCAUGUCGACCGGACGCAAGGUCUUUCACUGCGCCGUGGAUGAGACGGCUCUGACUACAAAUAUCAGCGAAAUCAAGAAAUGGACCACCAACGGGUCCAUCGAUCUUAUUGUCCCUCUUUACACCCUUGAGCGGCUCCACGCCUUGAAACGGGCGGGAUCGCAAACCGCCAUCAAUGCCCGCGAGGCCGUCCGCUUUCUCGACCGAGUCACCUCCGGCAAAGACACCAUCUCCCCCGAUCGAGUCGAGCUCCAAGGUCCCAAUCAACUGUUCGAGCACUGGGAGGAUGCGGAGAAAUUCUUCCUGCCGGAAUUCGAAGAGGAGCCUGAGGCCGUCACCGACGAAGCCAAUGCGGUUGCCGACGCCCCGCGGUCCCCGACCAAGCAACAAGGAAUCACGAGCGCAUCAGCUUCGGAUGACUUGUCGCAGAUGCUGCUUAGCAGAUUGAACUUCAAAAAAGAUCCCGAAGUGACCUCCAACACCUCCGCUGGCUCCCCGAGCGGGCCAGCCUCGCGCACUUCGUCUCGCAGUUCGCGCACCAGCCCCGAAUGCGCUCAGCAUGAGAAUGGAACUUCGAACAAAUCGGAAAAAGGCAAGGCGGGCCAUCAGCGCACCGUUUCGGCGUCUACGAUUCCCGUGGCCCCUGCUGAGUUACGCCCGUUGCUGAGUGCUCUCCUAUGGCGCUUGCACAGCGGCCCAGAUGGUGAGAACUCUGCCAAAGGCUGUAUUCUUGUGUCCAAUGACCGGGCGACUCAGAUCUGGGCUCAGAAAUUCGGCAUUGGCGUCAAGAAUAUCGUUCAACUGCGUACUGCAAUUCAAUACGAAGAGCGCGAGUACAAGAACCGCUGCAAAUACGUUGAGAAGACCCAGACCCAGACCCAGGCUCCCGAACCCAAAACCCUCCUAUCCUACGAGGAUGAGAGUGACGAGGAUGAAUUGGUCUUUGUUCCUCGUGGUCGCGGCAAUGGCAAGGGCCCCUCUCGGGGUCCGCGCGGCGGGGCAUCUCGCAAGGCGGCUGCAAAGGUCAGUCCCCCAGCCGUCACUGAACCCCAAACGACCGUGAUCGAAGUGCCCACUCAACCUAUCGACCCGAACUCAUUCAGCCGAUCUAUCGGUGGGGCUAAGGCCCCGCCUGCCGUCGAUCUGAGCCCCCAACAGGGCGGUGGUCGUGGUAACGCAGCCUCCCGUCGCGGUUCCAACGGGCGCCGCGGUGGCGCCAGUCGUGGAUCCAGCCGGGGUGCCCCUCGCGGUGCUGCACGAGGUAACGGACGAGGCCGAGGCAAACUUUGGGUUCCUUGAUGGCAUGAGCGGGUCUGCUGAGACCGACUCUGUUGGAUCUCAGCCGACCAAGUGAACAUGUUGAAAUGAAUGCAUCCAGACACCGGACAGGUUUGUCUUCUUUCCCUUACAGGACAGGCAUCUCGCACGAGGUGAAAGCGAUUCGUUACUGUGCUUGUCUGCAGGACGUGUAUCUUUCUCCCUCUGCUUCCCCUUCUCCUUCAUUCCCACCCCGGCAUGACUCCCAGGAUCACACAACACGGUCGGAAAGCCGGACAUGAUACCAUGGGAGGAUUCGAUUCGAUUCGAUUCCGAUUCUCGGAGGGACUGCUCUAUGGAGUUCUUCCUUGAGGAGCCCUCUGUCCCUUUUGUCACCUUGGAAAUUCCUUUGGGAGAAGAUAUGGGUCGCCGUGUUUCCCCACGAGAAGUUGCUUUCUAUCUUCUUUUCUUUUUGUGACUUAUGGAGGCCAAGUAG